AUGGAGGAGAUGGCUGUGACGGAAGGGUCUGGUGAAGGGGCAGGAGGCGCCGUGUCGGGCCUCGAAGGUGGCAAAAAGAAGCCCCUGAAACAGCCCAAGAAGCAGGCCAAGGAGAUGGACGAGGAAGAUAAGGCUUUCAAGCAGAAACAAAAGGAGAAACAGAAGAAAUUUGAGGAGCUAAAAGCCAAGGCCGCGGGGAAGGGUCCCCUGGCUACAGGUGGAAUUAAGAAAUCUGGCAAAAAGUAAGCUGUUCUCACAUCUGAGGUGAUGGUGACCCUCCUCUUCCAUUCCUAUGCAGAAUGAAGUGUUAUCCUGUAACCUGUCAAACAUCUGGAUUCCCUGCCGUAACAUCUUUGCCACUACAACUAGAAUGAAGUGUUAUCCUGGAGCCUGUUGUUGUACACUGUAAUGAACUUUUGUAAAAAAACCAAUAAACUGAAAAGAAAAGUAUAACUGAAAAAAAAAAAAACAAUAAACUGAGUAACGCGAUGUCUCGUUGUCUCUCGUGUUCAGCAAUUCCUACCUCAGCUGUGAAUUUAAAGUGAACCUAGAGCCUGCUGCUCCAUCCUCGUUGUACUCUGAAUUCUUAUCACUUUGAAUUAAACCAACUCAUUUAAAAGCCAAAAAAAAAAAAAGAGAGAGACAUAGGCAUAUAAAGCUCUGUGAGUUUGAGGCCAGUCUGGUCAGUGUAUUGAAUUCCAAGCUAACUAGGACUACACAGUAAGAUCCUGCCUUUAAGAAAAGCCUUCCUUACACAUUAUUUUCUGAACUGGGUCUCUUUCUGCCCAAUUUAGCUAGUCUAUCUAGCCAGCUUGCCCCAAGGAUCCCAUCUCUACCUCCCUUGCCCUUAGAAUACAGAAUAGCUACCAUACCCCUUGCUCUGGAGUUAAAUGUUCUUCUAGGGAUCCAAACCCCAGGCCUCUGCUUACUGGGCUGUCUCCUCAGCCCUAAUAAUAGGAUCUUUGAAAAAGCUCUUAGAAAGGUCAGGAUAGGAGAAACAAGAGAGGAUAGCAGGGUGUACGUAACAUGAAAGGAGACAGGCCCACUGGACAGAGGUGGGCAAAGGGACAAAGUUUUGUAAAGAUUAUGACUUCCCACCUGUAAUCCCUGUAAUUAGGAAAGCAGAAGCAGGAAGAGCCACAGUUUGAGGCCAGCCUGGUGUAUACAUAUAACGUGAGACUUUGUCUCAGUAAAUGAAUGAACAAAACAGAAGAAAGAAAGGUGAUUAAUGGGGUUGGGGAUUUAGCUCAGUGGUAGAGCGCUUGCCUAGCAAGCACAAGGCCCUGGGUUCUGUCCCCAGCUCCGGAAAAAAAAAAAAAGUGAUUAAUAAAAGAACUGGGUCAGGAGGUGAUGGCACACACCUUUAAUCCCAGCACUCAGGAGGCAGAGGCAGGCAGCUCUCAGGCCAGCCUAAUCUACAGAGUAAGUUUUAUGAUACCCCGGACUAUACAGACAAACCCUGUCUUGAAAAACCAAAACAAGAAAUCAAGGAAUUGGGACAAGAAGAACAUGGUGAGAUCACAAUGAGUACAAAUUCAACCUGUGCUACAGUGAGAGCCUAGCUCAAAAAACAUGAAAGUUAACAUGCUGGCACAAGUUGGAAGGUCACAUCUGAUACGUGGUUGGAGAGUCUGAAGCAGAUACACUACAAAUAAGGUGAAAACUGUCCUGUGAAGUUUCAUGUGCAGUAUAUAACAAAUCAGAAUUUCACACUUAGACACUGGAAGUCAGAGGCUUCAGAUCUGGGACUGGAGUUACAGACCAUAAAGUGCCACGUGGGUGCUGGGAAUUGAACCCAGUGCCCUUAACUGUGAGCUAUCUCUGCAGUCCUAGAGACAAAAGAUUUUUAACAAUGAAUAAAGUUGAACUAAUGCUUCGCCUGGUUGAAGUAGCUGUCUCUAAAACAAGUCUCUGACAAUGUCUGACUUGUGUGCUCAGUAGGCAAGAUCAGAGAAAUGACCUAGAGAAACAUAUUUCUUUUUUUUUUUAAAGAUUUCUUUAUUUUAUGUAUAUGUAUACAAUAUUGCUGUCUUCAGACACACCAGAAGAGGGCAUCAGAUGCCAUUACAGAUGGUUGUGAGCCACCAUGUGGUUGCUGGGAAUUGAACUCAGGACCUCUGGAAGAGCAGUCGGUGCUCUUAACUACUGAGCCAUCUCUCCAGCCCGAGAAACAUAUUGAAACAUAUUUCUAUUGUUCUGAAUAAAGUGUAGAAAUUUCUCUUUAAUUCCUUUCCCAACUUUCUCACUCAAAUGUCCUAGCCAACUACAUGAAGACCUAAACUUACACAUUCUUCCUUAAAAACAAACCUUGACAGUUCCUCGGUGUAACAGCAUUUGCUCUUACACAGGACUUUGGUUCAAACCCAUAUGGUAAUUCACCACCAUCUCUAACUUCAGUUCUAGAGGAAAAUCACUCUUCUGACCUCCUUGGACACCAGACACAUGUGGUACACAUAUUAACAUGAAGACAAAGACACCUACAUCCCAGCACUCAAAGGCUACAGUAGAAGGACUAAGCAUUCAAGAUCACUAUGAGCUACAUGGCACGUUCCAGGCCAGCAUGUACUACACGGUGAUGCCAACAUGGAAUUCACACUGAGACCAUGUCUCGAAUCCAUAAAGCAAGUCCAGCAUGGUGGUACACAUCUUCAAUUCCAGGACUCAGGACAAAGGUCUGUGAGCUCAUAGGCCAACCUGGCCUACAUAUCAAGUUCCAGGCCAUUCAGAGCUACACAAAAAAAAAAAAAAAAAAAAAAAAUCCUUGUGUCAAAAUAAAGCAUCUCAAGCAUCUUUACCUUGUUAGUAAGUACUGCUACAAAAUAAACUUUCACUUGCUAUAUUCUGGCAAGGAUAGCUAAACUGUUAAGAACCCAGGGUUGGAGAUAUGGCUCAGUUAAUCAAGUGCUUACUAAUGUGCACAAAUCCCUGAGUUCCAUCCCAGAACCACAUAAAUUGGGUAUGGCACGUGUGCAUAUAAUCCUAGUACUCAGGAAGUAAAGGACAAUCAGCAGUUCAAGGCCAUCCUCCAUUACAUAGUCUGAAGCCAACCAGGGUCUUUACCUGGCUUAAAAUAAAUAAAUACUCCAUACUUCUGACACAGCAGAAAAAUAGCCACUAAAAAUUAGUAACACAAACAUCCUCCAUUCCUUCCUGAGAUGGCCACAACCUUGGAGUGACCGUGCUCCCUCUGCCUUUGUUUUGCUACCCAGUGCCACUCUCCCUACUACCCACUUUACUGGUGAGACUCCAAAUACCAUCCUUAUCCUUCUCAGACUCCUUCCAAAGCUAAAGGAAGGCUUUUUCUUCUCUGCACCCUCUGUUAUUUUAGAUUCUAAGACUUAACAUGCUGUCCUGGGUCACUUGUCUGUCUCUUUCUCUGGAACAUUAAUAAUUUGGAAAUCAGGGGACUAGAGAGAGAUGGCUCAGCAGUUAAGACUUCUUCCAGAGGUCCUGAGUUUAAUUCCCAGCAACUACAUGGUGGCUCACAACCAUCUGUUACGGGAUCUGAUGCCCUCUUCUAGUAUGUCUGAAGACAACUACAGUGUGCUCUUUACAUUUAAAAAAAAA